UCCAGCCCAGCCCAGUCCAGCCCAUUCCUGUCCUCAGCAGCCCACAAACAGAGAAGAGAGGAGCCAGGAUAAGACCACUAUUCGACAAUACACAGCAAAGUGGCAUUCUACCGUGGAAGAAGAAUCGUAGCUUGGACUAUUGCAACACUAGGAAUAGACACACAUACGUAAAGUGUCUAAGUGGACCCAGCAUAGACACACACACUCCGACUAUGUGAAAAUACAGUUUUUGAUUUCUCAGAGGAAAACACACACAGGGCUAGUUGAUUGGUCUCCAUACAGUGACAGUGUGUCUGGCCAGUACAGCACAAUGAAGCUGAGUGUGGCUCUGUUCUUCGCGGGGCUGUUUGGGGCUCUGGCGGCCAUGUUUGUCCUCCUCUCCUUCGGGACGGAUUACUGGCUUCUGGCUUCGGAGACAUGUGACAAAGAAACUAACGGAACUAUGGGACCUUGGGCCUCCGCCAUAGAGCGUCGUCCAGACACCACCUUCUACCACGAGGGCUUCUUUUGGAGGUGCUCCUUCAGGGGAAACCUGUACGACCACACCCUCUUGAAGUUCUGGAUCACCAAUCAGCCACAUGCCAAAGUUUGCACACACGCCUACCUCUUCCCCUUUCCAGUGUCUCAACAGACUCACAAUGCCACUGCAUAUGACUCUGCAAUCAUCUACAGAGGCUUCUGGAGUAUCUUCAUGCUAAUUGGUGUGGCUGCCGUCGUAAUGGGCGGGUUUUUUAUCAUCUGUGCUGCCCCAUUCGCCAGUCAUCGUCUAUAUAAGGCUGGGGGCGGCCUCUUCCUGAUGUCCGCUCUGUUCCUGCUGGGUGUGGUGUGGAUGUCUGUGCUGUGGGUGGAGUUGAUGGAUGUGGUGCAGUUCUACGUGGACCACCAGCGCUCCUCUUUGUGCCCCACCUUCGACCUCACCAUCCACUACGGCCUGUCCUUCUUCUUCGCCCCCGUCGGCAUCUCCUUCUGCCUGCUGGCCGGACUCCUCUUCCUCCUCAUUGGCCGGUCCGUACAGAUGCAGUAUCACUGAUUGGUGUUACCGUGACGAUAGGGGGAGGCUUCCGAAACUCUGCAACAGGUUUAGGGCCAAUUCUAUUUCCAUUCCUUUAAUUCAGGAAGUCAACUGAAAUUCCAAUUCCACAUUCCUCUCAUAGAGAAGCAUUGAGAUACAUUUGAAUUGGAAUUUCAGUUUACUUCCUGAAUUUACUGAAUUUACAAAUAAUUGACCCCAACCCUGCUCUGUAACUUCAAGAAUGUGUUGAAAAUCUCUGCGUUCUGUCAAUCAUCCACCAAUAGAAUGAACUCUGUGUUGUCACUGAUUUGACUGGUCACAUGACAUGUUUCAGUCACUGCCAGUGUUUGACAGAGUUCCACCUAAAGUGGAGUUCAGGAUCUAUUUAUUUUUUAAAUGACACCCUGUACCCCCAUAUUAGUGCACUACUUUUCACCAGAGCCUCUAUAGGGAAUAGGGCACCAUUUGAGACGCAGACAAGUCCUAAAUUCCCCAUCACUACAUGUUCUUCACCUGACACAUACAGUACUGGGAGACACACGAUUGGUUGGUUGAAACGCGGCAGCGGAUGUUGGUGAUUUGCUUAUGCAGGCUGUCUGCAGUCACAUGUCAGAUGUUGCCGUAGCAGCGAGUAGGAAAUGACGAUGAUAAGGGAUCAGGAAGAGUGUUUUGUUUGGGAGUUGUUUCUCUUUGUAUUGGUAUCCUUAGUCAAAUGGUUUUUAGAAGGCUGCUACUGAGUGUGUUGAGUCGAACAAGUCACUUUAUAUGCUAUAGAUGUGGUUACCACUUUUAUAAAUGGAAAACAUGUGUAUUCCUUUUUCAAUUAUUAACACAUUUUGAGAGGAAAUGUGAAUGCCUCAACGUGAUAGAAUCAUGCUGCGUGAAGAGUUAGAAAUAAGACAUAGAAAUGGAGAUUAGAUCAUCAUAAAGUGAUAUUAAUGAUCGGGGCAUUUCACUGUGUGAUUUUAAGAUUUUGAUAUUCAGCCUUCUUGACACUGCACUGUCAGUUUAGUCCUUAUUUUUGGUCAAACCAGUCAAUCAGAUAUCUUAGUGCCUGCUGAGAAAAAUGUGUGUUAUAGUGAAUUAAUGGUUAAUAUAAGAGCCAUAUAUUUAGAAUAUAUGAAAAUACUGUAUGGCUCUGGUUAUAAUGUUUGAGUAAAGGACUUGUUUGCUUUGUAAACACACUGAACAAAAAUAUAAACUCAGCAUGCAACAAUUUCUAAGAUUUUACUGAGUUACAGUUCAUAUGAGGA